UUAUUUGUCGGAUGAAGCGCGGUGUUAUAGAAUUACAUGUUGUUUACUUUAAGCAGCUUCGCCAUAAAGACACCGUGUUUGGCAUUUGCUCAACUACAUUUUUAGUCUGGAUUUUGCGUAUUAGUUUUUCCAAGUAGACACCCAAAGUAGGGUUGAAAAACGUCUGGUGUUUUAAAAUUAAUUUUAUUCCGCAGAAUUGCGGAGAAAUAUUCUUUCGGUAAGUAUUAGACGAUUUUUAACCUCCCUCUUUCGCCAACUGAAGGUUCCUCUAUUGUAUUGUGUUGCAUCGCCAUUUGAAAUGUUACUGAAUGUAAUUCUAAAUGAUUGACGUUUAGCUGCUACAAACCUCGCGUUUUGUCGUAUCACUUCGCGUUUUACGUCUCAUUCGAUGUGUUUAACCGCUUUGGUUGCUAAGGAAGGUUAAUAGAACGAGUAAAGACCGGAUCUGUGUAUUUUUGUAUGCGCUUGCUUACGUCACACGUCGUGAAGUAUUGCAGUUUAGGGGCGCUGCGCGAUUUAGCUACUAUCUAGACGCGUGCUUGUGUUUAUAUGUGAAUUGUAAGCAUGCAUUUAAAUUAACUUCUGUUUUCUUAAUCAAGAAAUGUAAAUCACAAUUUUUUCAAGUAAUAAUUUGCAAAAAUUGUUAUAAGUGGGCAUAUUACUUUAUCUACAUGUAAAUAACAAUUACGUGUUUAGGAUAAUGGCAGUUAAUUUGCGAACUAUAUCCUAAUAAGCACACAUACAUCAGCGAGACUUUUAAAGAGCGUAGCAUUAUUUUCUUUUAUUAUUUUUUUUGAUUUUCUCCCCAAUUUGGAAUGCCCAAUCCCCAAUGCGCUUUAAGUCCUCGUGGUGGCGUAAUGACUUGCCUCAAUCCGGGUGGCGAAGGAUGAAUCUCAGUUGCCUCCGUGUCUGAGACCGUCAACCCACGCAUCGUAUCACGUGGCUCGUUGAGCACCUUACUGCUGAGACGUAGCACGUGUGGAGGCUUCACACUAUUCUCCGCGGCAUCCACGCACAACUCGCCACGCGCCCCACCGAGAGCGAGAACCACAUUAUAGCGACUUCGAGGAGGUUACCCUAUGUGACUCUACCUUCCCUAGGGACCGGGCCAAUUUGGUUGCUUAGGAGACCUGGCUGGAGUCACUCAGCACACCCUGGAUUUGAACUCGUGACUCCAGGGGUGACAGUCAGUGUCUUUACUCGCUGAGCUACCCAGGUCCCACGUCAGCGAGACUUUUAAAAAGCGUAGCAUUAUUUUCUAAUAAUUGUGCAGAAAUAUCUGAUAAACAUAAAAAUUAUAAUAAUAUGUAUGUAGUAGAUUCUCAUACGUUUUAACUAGAGGUCGACCGAUAGUGGAUUUUGCCGGUACCGAUUUGGUGUGUAACGCAGAACUUUUAAGUAUAAACAAGCCCGAAACACACCGGGACUCUUAUUUUGAAAGUAAGAAAUUAUGAAAAAACUAUCAGCGUAGAUUUUUGCAGAUAACCAAUAGUUCUACAAAGCAACUAUUGGCACUGAUUAACUGAUAUAUCGGUCUACCUCUAGUUUUAACUGUGCAUUAAAGUCAUGCUGGUAUUGCUGUAAAUACGAUAUUAAGUACCGGCUUGUAAGAACCAUUCACGUCUUUGUUGAACUCGUAAUUACUAGUUAGACCUUCAUGAUGUAAUGUAAAAAGACUCAGCACACGUGCAUCUCGGUGAUGUCUGUUUAAGACCGUUUCAUCUGGAAAGCAUCACAUUUUAAUGAACAUCUGUUAAACAUCUUAAAAAGAUCAGAUUUACAAACAUUCUAAAUCAGAAAUGUCUGGAAGACAUCUGCUGAAUGUCUUAUUGACAUCAGGCAGGAAACAUCCUUUAUCAACAUAUUGCAGAUGAGCAAACAACUUAAAAAAUAUGUCUUCCAGAUGUAAACGCGCACAUCAGAUAAACGUCUGGGUGUUUGUGUGCUAUCAGGGAAAAUGGCAGCAGUCUUAACAGUUAAAGGUAGUAAGGUUCCUUUACACUUUUUUAAUUAAUAUGCCAUUUUGUUAUAGCCAGUGUUAAGGCCCGGCAUACUUAAUACGAUAUCGAAGAAUGAACGGGUGUGACACAAUUUGGAACAAAAUCUAGCCAGAACGAAUGUGUUUUUGAGUUUGUUGUGCAGAACGACUAAUUUCACUGACGUGUAAGCAAAAACGUUGAAGUCGACUAAUCUAAAAAGAAACCAACCUUCAGAAAACAGUAAAAAAAAAAAAAAAAAGUGUUUAUGCGACCCAUUUAAAAUAACGUGCAAGCACGCACAGAUGUAAAGAAGACUCAAAUGUGAAAACAUCCAUAGGGACUUCCGAACGUUUGGAAAUCCGAUUCCCGCACCACCACCGAAGUGAUUUCAUAACUACUUUAAGUUUGAUUGUCUAGCGAGAGGACAUUUUCCUGUGCGCACCGCGAGUGAGAGAGGGAAGAAGCAUGCACAGCCUGAGGUGAAAUGAAACUUUGUAUCUGCUCCAGAUAUCCUCUUUUUUAAAAUAAUAUUUGUAUUAUUCUGUUUAAAAUGUGUAACAUUGAUAUGACAGUAAUUUAAGCACAGCCUCAGUAAAAAUAUAAAGCCAGAUGUAAACGUGUAAAAACGUUGAUCAGUUUAAUGGGGGGGAAUAUUAACCGACUAGUAAUUCUAGCGUCGACUACAUCAGAACCGUUUAGUCGACUAGUCUCGCACAUCCCUACUAAAAACCUUCUAAAGACCUAGGUAUACUUACAUUUUGACGUGAACACUCAGCGACUACGUGCAGUCGAACGCGAGCCAGUCAAAGUAUACUCCAUAUAACUGUAAGCACAUUCACAGGCAGUUGGCGCAUACACGCUACGACUGCUAUGAGACACCGGACAUUCUCUUCAGGAGUUUAGACCCUUAAAGAUGUCUUUAUAUUCCUUCAGACUCGAGUUAUACAAAUGCAGACACCUGAGGUCCUUAUGCAUAUCAGCUGUGAAGGUGCACCAUGAAUUGUGAAGAUCAGGGCAUGGUAAGGGUAGUUCACUCCUGGGCCAGAUUUGCCCCAGCGGGACAUGCUGCCCUUGAAGAAGCCUUGAGGGUCUUUAACCCCGUGUCCAAGGAUUUAACGGACACUGAGAGACAAAUGGUGUCCUUUCUUCAAGAGCUAAGAAAAGAAGGAGCCAAGCCUGUGAUAUUAAGGAGUAAAGAUGUGUAUGGAUAUACGUCUUGCACAACAGAGCCCCUUACAUCCAAGAUAUGCAGCAAGGUUCCUCGAGUGCAGAAACCCUGCAAGAAGCGAGGACGAAAAGGGUUGACCAAGGGUAGGGAUGUGAAUUACUCCGUCCUCAGUAGAGUGGCCAAAGACAUUCUCCAAAAUCAACCCAAGAUCCUCCUUACUAACCUCUCUGUGGACACUCUUAAGAGCACUGCAUCAGCAAUGGUAGAUAAACAUUCUAAUCAAAAGCAGCAGUGCCUCAAGCUGACAAACAUAAAGGGAUUGACCGGGGGCCACACUGCAAGGCUGCAGAUUCACUUUGGAGGAGAUUCCCGAAGCACAACAAGUCUUGCUUUGAGGCGACCACCAGACCUCUCUGGAAUUCCCCACUCUCCCACACAAAAUGGCAGUCCGAUAUCAAACGUAGUUUCCUUGGGCAACAAACGUCUUUUGUCUUGUCCAAUCAAAGUAGACGGUGCCCUCAUUGGAGACUCUGCCCCGGUUGUCUGUCAAAAUGGGUACAGUCUUAAAGAUGGUAGCAUUUAUAAAAAGAUUGAAACCGUAUCGGGCAAACCUGAUGUGAUGACCAGGGGUCUAGACAAUGGGCCAGUGAGGAGACUCCAUUUCCAAAGCUUCAACUGGUCCCAUUCAACACUCACCAAUGGCCAAGAUGUUUCUAGACUGAACGGAAAUGGUCUUGAGUGGAAGGUUAUAAAAGUAGACGAUUCGGUCACAGACGAGGAAGUGAGGAGGAAGGCACAGAAAAUCUUGCAAGUUAAUUUGUCACCUGUGAUACAGAUCCAUCCCCUUAUUGACUCUGUAUAGACCCUUGCUGAGGAUUUUUUGUUUUGUUUCCUCCUCUUUUGUUAAAUUUUCUUGUUUUGCAGUGUUGCGCUUUUGGCAAUGAACCGUAGUUUGAACUCUGGAUUGGAGCAUUACAGUGACCUCCACAUUUUCCAUUAUCGUCAAGUAGUGCUGACAUCAGAAUCCAAAGAUGGGAUGGGUUUUUUUUUUUUUCAGCUCUCACAGUAUUUUAUUUCCCCGACACAUCCCGACACCCACCCUUUGGUUCUAAUUUGAUCUAUUUUUAGAUCUUAUGAAGGAUUGGACUUAUGAACAAACACUUAUU